AUGAUGGCAUAUAUGAACCCGGGGCACCCCUAUUCUGUCAACACAUUGGCCCUGAGUGGCCCCAGUGUGGAUCUCAUGCGACAAGCCGUGUCCUAUCCGAGUGCACCAAGAAAGCAGCGGCGGGAACGGACCACCUUCACCCGGAGCCAGCUGGAGGAGCUGGAGGCUCUGUUUGCCAAGACCCAGUACCCAGAUGUCUAUGCUCGAGAGGAGGUGGCUUUGAAGAUCAAUCUUCCUGAGUCCAGGGUUCAGGUUUGGUUCAAGAACCGCAGGGCUAAAUGUAGACAGCAGCGGCAGCAGCAGAAACAGCAGCAGCAGCCCCCAGGGACGCCAGCCAAGGCUCGCCCGGCCAAGAGGAAGACUGCAUCCCCCAGACCCUCUACUGAUGUCUGUCCAGACCCCCUGGGCAUCUCAGAUUCCUACAGUCCACCUCUCCCAGGCCCCUCAGUCUCCCCCACCACAGCAGUGGCUACUGUGUCCAUCUGGAGCCCAGCCGCAGAGUCCCCAUUGCCUGAGGCCCAGAGGGUUGGGCUAGCGGCCUCCGGGCCAUCUCUGACUUCAGCGCCCUACGCCAUGACCUAUGCCCCAGCCUCUGCUUUCUGCUCUUCCCCCUCAGCCUAUGGGUCUCCCAGCUCCUACUUCAGUGGGCUGGAUCCCUACCUCUCUCCCAUGGUGCCCCAGUUGGGGGGCCCGGCACUUAGCCCCAUUUCUGGCCCCUCUGUGGGACCCUCUCUGGCCCAGUCGCCCACCUCCCUGUCAGGCCAGAGUUAUGGCACCUACAACCCUGUGGACAGCUUGGAAUUCAAAGACCCUGCAGGCACAUGGAAAUUCACCUAUAACCCUCUGGAUACCCUGGACUACAAGGACCAGAGUGCCUGGAAGUUUCAGAUCUUGUAG